GCUCACUGUGGGUUUCAGUCUUGUCGCCUGCAGCCUCUGAUGAAGUUGGGAGACAAGAUUUCCCAACUCUACUUCAGCCUCCAAAGUUCACUGACAGCCAGCUUCUCCUUUGGUGGCUACCCACACUUCUCACAGCACACCAGCUUCCUGUCAGGCCUCCUCGGCCCCACCCACAGUCAGGGCACUCCUUCACUGCUAGAUGGACUCUGGCUGUGGCAGGUGUGGGAUGCUGGCCCUGCUGCUGCUGCCCCUGCUGUGGGCAGGGUCCCUGCAGGUGAAUCCAGGGUAUGAGCUGAAAGUGGCAGAGUCGGUGACGGUGCAGGAAGGCCUGUGCAUCCUGGUGCACUGCCACUUCUCCUACCCCUGGCCUAGGAGAAAUUACUACACAUCAUCCCCACCCUACAUCUACUGGUUCUUGGAUGGGGACACAAUCUAUGAUGAACCUGUGGCCACAAACAACCAAAACAGAGAAGUGAAGACUGAGACCAGGGACCGAUUCCAUCUCGUUCAGGACAUCAGGAACAACAACUGUUCUCUGCACAUCACAGACGCCAGGAAGGGGGACUCAGGACACUACGUCUUCCGAGUGGAAAGAGGAUCGGAUGUAAAAUAUACUUACCGGGACAAGAAGCUGACUUUGAGGGUGACAGCCCUGACUGAGAAACCCGUCAUCCACUUUCUGGAGCCCCUUCAAUCUGGCCGCCUCAGCCAGCUGAGGUGCAGCGUGCCAGGGUCCUGCCAAGGGAGCACAUCUCUCACCUUCUCCUGGAGAGGGAAUGUCAUCAAAAUGAUGGAUCCCAGCACUCUUCAGACCUCAGAGCUCUCCCUCAGUCCACGUCCCCAGGACCACAACACCAGCCUCACCUGUCAGGUGAAUCUCCAUGAUGUGACCACGGAGAGAACCAUCUGGCUCAAUGUCUCCUAUGCUCCACAGAACCUCAGCAUCAGUCACCUUAGAAAUGGCACAGGUCCCAAGAUGCUUCAAAAUACAUCACUACUGACCAUCCAGGAAGGCCAUGCUCUGCAGCUGCAAUGUGUUGUGGACAGCAACCCCCCUGCAAAACUGAGCUGGUUCCGGGGUUCUUCCACCCUGAACUCCUCCAUCUCCAAUUCUGGGAUCCUGAAGCUGUCUCCUUCACGGAUUGAAGAUGAAGGAAAAAUCACCUGCCACGCUCAGAAUGCACUGGGCAACCAAACUGUGUCUUUGAAUCUCUCUGUGCUCUAUGACCUCCAGCUCCUGGGCCCUUCCUGCUCCUGGGAUGCUGAGGAUCUGCACUGCAACUGCUCCUCCAGAGCCUGGCCACCCCCCUCCCUGCACUGGCGUCUUGGGGAAGUAUUGCUGGAGGGGAACAGUAGCAAUGCCUCCUUCACAGUCACCUCCAAUUCAGCUGGCCCCUGGGCCAACAGCUCUUUGAGAUUGCACAGGGAGCUCAGCCCUGGCAUGAAGCUCCACUGUGAGGCUCAGAAUGUCCGAAGGGCCCACAGUGUCACCGUUCUCCUGCUGCCAGGGAAAUCAGUUUCCAGGCCAGGAUCCUUGCAGGUUCUUUCAGCCCUCGGAGGUGCCGGCACCAUGGCCCUGCUCUGUCUAUGUAUGUGCCUCAUCUUCAUUUGCAUAGUGAAGGUCCAUCGGCAUCAAGCAGCUGUGAGAUCAAAGGGUAUGGAUGAUGAAGACCCUGUCAUGGAUUCAGUCCCCUGGGGUUCCAGGCAGGAGUCCUGGCCAGAUAGUCAGGGAGACCAAGCAUCCUCUACCGGGGAUGCCCUUCCUCUAGGGGAACAACAGGAUCUCCACUAUGCCUCUCUCAGUUUUCAUGGGAUAAAGCCUCAAGAGCUUCAGGACAUGAAGGCCACCAGCACCACCGAGUACUCAGAGAUCAAGAUAAACAAAUGAGGACUCACCCCAUGCUCAGUCUUGGUAGGAAGCUUCACAUCCUGUCUGAGGGAAAGGAGGUGGAUUAAUCAUGGGAGCACGAUGAGCCCUUGUGACAACUGCUGUGAGAGUGUCUCCAGGUGGAGCAGAAAGAAGGGAACUGAUGGAUUAGAGAAACUUGAACUCAAACCCAGGCUCCAGCACUGUUAACAAGCAGUUCACGUCAUCGCUCUCUGCCUAGGUUUCUCUCACUGUAAAUCAAACAGUCCAUGUCCUACCUUAAAGUUGUUAUGAGCAUUAAAGAGACCAAUAUAAAGAAGUAAACCAAUAGAGGUCCUGUCGUGGGGCAUGUGAUUAGUGCUUCCUUGGAUAGAAAGCUUCUAAUGGCAUGUUCUCCUGAGGCCAGGAGGUGCCCAGGUGCAGAGAACUGGACAGCAGCAUGGUGGCAUCAAUCCCUUUCUUUAACUAUUCACAACCCCUCCAGGAAAGACAAGAUCCCCAGUUGGGCAUUCACUUCAUGAUGUGACAUCCUUUGUCCUCUCCUCACCCCAUUUUACUUGCCAGUCUUUUCUACAUAUCACUUCAUCUCCAGUCCCUUCCUUAUCUCAUCCGGGGACCCAGAGAUCCCUCUGGAUGAAGUCAUAGAGUAGACUCUAUCACUUCUCUGCCAAGACCCGCUCAUGGUACCCUGGAAAGAUCAACUCCUUCCUCUGGCAUUUGAAGUGCACUGAAGUCUCUCUAUGCACCUACUG